CUCAGUUCAAUAUCAAAUUUAGCGCGAGAGAUGACGCACUUGCACUAGCAGUGGCAGUGGAUCUUUCCUAACCUCUCAGCUGUAGGCCGUGCAGUGCUUUGUUUACUUUUGUUUAUCGGCAAUUACUGACUGAGCUUGAUGAUAAACAGGAAAUGUGGCCUGACAUCACGUCUGACAUAGCGACGUGCCGCAAUUGUGGAACAAUGCUGUCACGACCUGGGAGGGCCUGCAUACAGCUUCAGUUCACUACUGCGCUCUACAGUUAGAUGACUGUUAUGAAGACAGAAGAAGAUGAAGCCGAGAGAGAACAAAUGGCAUUGAAAAAGGAGCAAGAAUACAUCCGGCACCAAUUAGGAAUGAAAGACAACAGAAAAAAUAUUCCAGACUCAACUGCUCCUCAAGAAGAAUGCCACACCCCUACACCUAAUGAAAAAAUGAAAGAUGAUACAGAAAAUACCAAAUCAAAAUGUACAGUAACGUCUAAGGUUAGAAAUAAUGAUUGCACAAAACAAAUUAGUCUAAGCAAUGAGGAGAAACCAAAUAAAUGUGUUAGUUUUGUAGUAGAUCUGAAUGUUAACCAAAAUUCUAUUAUUAAUGAAUUAAUUGAAAGACAUAAUCUUCAGAAUCUCCCCCUGGAUCUACAAAAAUUACUUGGAGGAUUAAAUCAAGGCAUACCAUCAGAUUAUUCGGUUCCUAUUGACAAAAAACCAGAUUGGCUUGAUAUGAAAAAGUUUAAAAUAGGGCAAAAAUUUGCCCAAAAAUAUUACUUUGGAUUAAAUUAUUCAGAAAUGUUAUCUUUAAUGGUGCUUUUUAGCUUUCCUGGUGGACUCGAACCUCUCAUUUUUACUGGAAACUCAGCAACACCAUUCACUGCUUUCCGGAGAUAUCUAUCAACUGCAUUAAGAGUAAAAUCAUGGUUUGAACAUGAUGUUUGGAAUGUAGAUAAUUUAGGUUACAAAAAUAUAAAAUUGGUUAGAGCAAUGCAUUUGAAUGUCAGCAACCGACUCAAUGCCAAAUCUCACAAAGAGCUCAAAAGUCAGCUUACUCUGUGGGGAUCGUCUAACGAGGCAGCCGUUUGGUGCCCAAUGAAGGAACAAAUCCGGCAAGAUUUCCAGUCAUGCUGCCCAUUCCAGGCAUUCAGGCCAACUGAAGACCAAUCUCUCGGAAAGAUUUAUGUGAACCAACUAGACAUGAGUAUAACACAGUUCGGUUUUGUUGGUCUGAUGGUGAUGUUUCCCGGAAAAUUUGGAGCAGGAAGUGCUACGGAAGAAGAAUUGGAAGGUUUUAUUCAUUUAUGGAGAGGCCUGGGCUAUCUUUUAGGUAUUGAAGAUAAAUAUAACUUUUGUAAUGGGACACUAGAAGAAGUGCGACAACGAGGUCGUUUCCUCAUUGACAAUUGGGCCAAACCAAGUUUCCAGCACAUAACAGAAGAUUGGGAACACAUGUCACGUUGUAUGAUCGAGGGAAUCAGCUACUAUGUACCAGGAUUGUCGUUCGAGGUAUCACUACUCUACCUCUGUUGGGUGCUGGACAUCCCUGCACCACAAGUAUACGCCUCUCUGACGUGGUGGCAGACCUUCAUGUUCACACUCACCAAGGUCACCAUGACCUUCACUAUUAGGUUGCCAGGCAUGGUUCAGUUCCACAAUUGGCUCAUCCGUAGAGCUCUCGCCAGAGCCUCAAAUUUUACUCCUGAACAACUCAAGAAGCUAGAAAGCCGCACUUACAAUUACGAGAAGAAUGGCAAAUACAACACCAGGCUGUGAUACUAGUUUUGUAGUCUCUCAUUAUUAUAUAAAGUUUUAUAUAUUUUGUAAAUAAACACAGGAUCAUUUUAAUUUUA